AUGCUCUCUGCUAUUCCACCACCACCACCUCUUAUAUUUAAGGGUCGAGAUAGUUUAGUACAAGAGGGCACAGAUAAUCUUCUUUCUGACUCUCCUCAUCCUAUUGUUAUUAUGGGAUUUGGUGAUAUGGGGAAAACAUCAUUAGCAUUGAAAUUGCUGGAUGAUGUAGCUGUAAAAAAUAAAUAUGGAGCAUGCAGAUACUUCAUUCCUUGUGAUGAAGUUUGCAGCAUUGAGCCUACUAUUGGGAUAUUAAUACAAACUGUAAUGAGAUUAAUGGGGUUGCAAACCACCAGUGAUCCUAUAAAACAGCUAUAUGCUAUAUCAAAGCCAAUGAUCCUACUUUUUGAUAGUUUUGAGACUAUUUGGGAUAAAAGUAAUAAUCAAAGUGUUCAAAGAGUUUUAGAGCAGUUGAAUACUAUAACACAUAUUACUCUGAUGAUUACUAUGAGAGGAAAUAUUCCUCCUAUAGACAAUAUUGACUGGCUGUUAUUACCACAUAAUGGUCUAUCAUCAUUAGCUGAAUCUUCAUCAUUAGAAGUAUUUACUGCUAUUUCAGGAUAUAGUGAUAGUAUAAAAACAGUCGUAAAACUAGUUGAAAAGCUAGAAGGAUGGCCAUUAGCUCUUAUGUUAAUGGCCUAUCAAGCUAAAAUUCUUCAUCCAGAAGUGCUUUUAGAGAGCUGGGAUAAGGAAAAAACCUCAUUAUUAGAAAAACCAGGAGCUCAAUCACAUCACUUAACAAGUGUUAAUAUUUCAAUCAAACUUACCCUUCAAUCACCAUUGUUUUCAAAACCAAAUAUUUUCAAGGCGUUAAGUAUGAUAUGCUAUCUUCCUGAUGGUAUUCCUUCAUGGAAAAAGAUAUUAAGCAAAAUGCUACCAGAUCUUUCAGAAAGAAUUGGAAUCAUAUCUAAUUUAUUACAAUCUAAAAUUAUAUAUGAAGAUAGCAAAGGAGGAUUGAAAAUAUUACAACCAAUUCAGGAAUAUCUGAAAGUGUAUUUUCAGAAGCCAGAUAUAUAUAUAAAACAGCAGUUUUGCAUUUUUUAUCUUAAUGAGAGUAGACAAUUUGAAUUUUCAAUUUCACAAAAAAAUGCAAAAUUUGGUUUAUCUCAUUUAAACAAUUUUGAAUGGAUAUUUAAUGAGAUUUUGAUUAAUUCAAAAAAUCAGAAUAUGCAAUAUUUGUAUGCUUUAGCAGUAUUAUUAUUAGGCAAAAGAUUACAUAUGUUUAGUCAACAACAAGCAGCAUUAGAGAAAGUAAAUGAGGCAAUGCAAAUCUUUGAGACAAUUGAUAACUCUCUUGGAGUAGCACAGUGUUUACAAAGCAUGGGAGGUAUUUUAAAAAUGAUAAAUCAAUAUACAGAAUCAAAAAUCAAGCUAGAGAAAGCAAUACAAAUAUUUGAGACUAUUGGCAAAUCUCUAGGAGUAGCACAGUGUUUACAAAGUUUGGGAAAUAUUUUACAGAUGAUAGACCAAUAUUCAGAAGCAAUAAUCAAGCUAGAGAAAGCAAUGCAAAUGUUUGAGACUAUUGGAGACUCUCUUGGCAUAGCACAAUGUUUACAAAGCUUGGGAGAUAUUCUGCAGAUGACAUUAACAUAUCAAUAUUCAGAAGCAAAAAUUAAGCUGGAGAAAGCAAUGCAGAUGUUUGAAACUAUUGGUGAUUCUCUUGGAGUAGCACAAUGUUUACAAAGCUUAGGAAGUAUUUUGCGGAUAACAAAUCAAUAUUCAGAAGCAAUAAUCAAGCUAGAGAAAGCAAUGCAAAUGUUUGAGACUAUUGGAGACUCUCUUGGCAUAGCACAAUGUUUACAAAGCUUGGGAAAUAUUUUAGGAAUGAUGAAUCAAUAUUCAGAAGCGACAAUCAAGCUGGAUAAAGCAAUGCAAAUGUUUGAGACUAUUGAAGACACUCUUGGAGCAGCACAGUGUUUAAAAAACUUGGGAAAUAUUUUGGGGAUAACAAAUCAAUAUUCAGAAUCAAAAAUCAAGCUAGAAAAAGCAAUGCAAAUGUUUGAGACUAUUGGUAAUUCUGAUGGAGUAGCACAGUGUUUGCAAAGCUUGGGAAAUAUUUUGCGAAUAACAAAUCAAUAUUCAGAAGCAACAAUUAAGUUAGAAACAGCAAUGCAAAUGUUUGAAACUAUUGGCAACUCUCUUGGAGUAGCACAAUGUUUACAAAGCUUGGGAAAUAUUUUACGAACAACAAAUCAAUAUUCAGAAGCAAUAAUCAAGCUGGAAAAAGCAAUGCAAAUGUUUGAGACUAUUGGCAACUCUCUUGGAGUAGCACAGUGUUUAGACAGUAUCAAAUCUUGUCAAGCAUAUUUAUGA